AUGCGUUCUUUCAGCCUUGUUUUUGCUCUUGCCGCCAUCUCUUCAGUGGUUGCCCACCCUAUCCAUCAGGCCCGGGAAUUGAAGAUCAUCGGCCGCGAUACUUCGGCCAAGUUCAUUCGUCGAGAAACCGACCCUGCCGCUGAGCUCAAGCUUCUCGCCGAUGGAAAUACGGCUUUCCGGGAUAGUCUCCAAACCUCGGAGCCUGAGUUGUUGCAAAAGUUGACCGACGAUGGCCAAUCGCCUCCGUUCAUGUUCUUGGGAUGCUCUGACUCUCGUGUUAGUGAGGGCACCGUCUUCAACGCGAAGCCCGGAACUCUGUUCACUCAGCGCAACAUCGCUAACCAGUUCCAAGCUAAUGAUAAUAACGCUCAAUCUGUCUUGUCUUAUGCUGUCUCGGAGCUGGGCGUCAACCAUGUCAUUGUCAUGGGUCAUUACGGCUGUGGUGGCAUCGCCGCCGCCAUUAUCCCGUCUCCCCCCAACCAGAUCGAUGCCGCCAACGGUGCUGUCCAAAACUGGAUUGAACCCAUCCGCGAGAUCUUCCGCACCUCAUCUCGACCUGAAAUUGUUGAGCUGAGGACGAAGAACGCCGCUGCCACCGAGAUUGAAGAGCCUGACAUCAAAGAGCCUGGUUUCCGUGCCCUCGUUGAGGAGAACGUCAAGGCCAACGUUGCCCGUAUCGCUGCUAGCUCAGUCAUCACCAACCACUACGCCCUCCUGGCCGCCAACGCGACCGGCACUGCCGAGAGGCGCUCUGGUGAGGCCGGGCCCCCCACCGAUGUCUACAUCCAUGGCUGGGUCUACGACCUUGAGAACGGCGAAAUCCGCGAUCUUGGCAUCUCCGUCGGCCCUGCCGGAAAGACCAUCCCCGCUCCUCCCUUCGCUGCUGUCGCUGAGUCGGCCGUCAACUCUGCCUCGUCGCACAACACGCCACAGCCCGCCGCAACGGCUGAGACCCCCGUCAAGCGCUGCGAGCAGCUCUGCAAGGCCAAGCGCAGCCUCGCUGGCAUGUUCGGUGCUAGGAUGAACUAA